GUAAAACUCUAGGAUAUCCGGUAAACUAGGCGUAGUCACUAAUAAUCAAAACUGCAACCGUGAAAAAAACAAACGCAACCAAAGAUGGAGAAGACGAAGGAGAUCUUGCAGCGGAGGCUAAACCAACAAGAAUCGGAAGCCUUAUCACGACUCCAAUCGGUUCCUUCAAUCAGACCCGGCGAUAACACAAGCUUCUACGAACACUUCGCUCUCACUGGCAUCAAAGUUGACCGUGUCCAACCCGGUUUCGUCUCUUGUUCUUUCAAAGUCCCUCAUCGCCUCAUCGACAGUAAUGGAAAGUUGGCGAAGGGCGCAAUUGCAAAUCUUGUGGAUGAGGUGGGAGGUGCUGUAAUCUUUGAAGAGGGUCUCCCCGCGAAUGUUUCAGUUGAUAUGUCUAUUUCUUUUCUUUCAACUGCUCAUGUUCAUGAUGAAUUAGAAAUUACUUCUAGGCUGUUGGGAAGGAAAGGAGGUUAUUCUGGAACAAUUGUUCUCCUAAAAAACAAAGCUACUGGAGAAUUGAUAGCAGAAGGUCGGCAUUCACUAUUUGGCAGACAUAACAGCAAAAUGUAAUUCUUGUAUUGUAUAUGUACAGAGAUUUAUGCAGUAAUAUCAAGGUUUCUUUUGGAAACAGAUUUAGGCAUGUGUCACAGUUGCACAAGUUCUAGAUGUGCACAUAAUUUCCCUGCAAACCUUUUUGUGUAAUCCAUAAUGCAGAAACAUUUUUCUGUAUACAAUAAUUAUU